UUCGGUCUUUAGGGCUGAGCAGGAAGUGCCUGACUGUGGACCCUGGUCGACAGAAAAAAAAACACAUCAGAGGGUGGAAAAAAGGCAAAAACAAAAUAAAAUGGAUAUGGUGGCAGACUUGGGGGCGAAUAGGCUUUAUCGGGCGCCGGGUGAAUCGAGUCACCAGCAACCUCAGAGGUGGUUUAACACGGCUGACAUCACUGUGUCUCAUCAGAGCAGCCUACUGAAGCAGCUCAACCAGCAGCGCCGCCAGGAGCUUUUUUGUGACUGCAGUGUGCUGGUGGAGGGCCAGCUCUUCAGGGCCCACCGCAAUGUCUUGUUUGCUAGCAGCGGCUACUUUCGCAUGCUGCUGUCGCAGGGACCGGACGGGCUGCCUGACACUGUCAACGCCACCUUCGACGUCUUCAGCCCUGAGACUUUCACUGUCAUCCUGGAUUUCAUCUAUUCUGGUCAGUUGGACCUCUCCAGUCACAAUGUGAUAGAGGUCAUGUCUGCAGCAAGCUACUUGCAAAUGAACAAUGUCAUCAACUACUGCAAGAAUUUUAUUAAAUCCUCCUUGGACAUCAGUGUAAAAGAGGAAGACAGUGACCGCUGCCUCAGUUUGUCUGAGACCUGUAGCUUUACCAGUGGAGCUGGAGAAGAGUCCACAGAACAGCAGCAGCAGCAAGGCCCCUGUUCUGUCAGCCCACCACCUGCACUCUGGACUCGUGACAGCUCCAGAUCUCAGUCUAGCUUUAUGGGAAAAGACCCAGACCAGGAUGCACCUGCAUCAGCCAUGAAGACAAAUCCUAGCAGCCCUGCUAAUGAGCUCAGUGCAGAGGCAGAUGACCUGCAGGACCCUCAGGAUCCUCUGUACACUUUACCUGGAUCAGAGCGUCGUCGUGGAAGAGGAGCAACCAAAAGAAGAGCACCCAACAGCACUCGUUCCAGCCAGCAUGAAGACCUCGACAUUAUGGAGGCAAGAACACAAAAGGCUGAAAAAGCAGAAGAGCUUUAUGCCACUCUACCACCGAUUGUGGGUGUUAUUGGACACUUUAAUAAAGAUUCAAACCCAGUUAUGCGUUUCAAAUGCCCCUUUUGUACACAUACGGUAAAGAGGAAGGCAGACCUGAAGCGUCACCUACGCUGUCACACCGGGGAGAGACCAUAUCCAUGUCAGGCCUGCAAUAAGCGCUUUACUCGCCUGGAGCAUCUCCGCAGCCACUUUGAGACAAUCCAUCAAGCCAGGAAGCUGGUGUGCAGGAAGUGUAAGUGUCAGGUGACAGAAGAGACUGGGCAUGUGGUGUGUGAGGGCACACGACGCUAUCGCAUGUGCACCGCAUGUAUCCAGGAAGUGGGCUGUGAUGACAUCCCUGUAGACAGUCUAGAGGGGCCCAAUGAGGAGCCAGCCCUGUUACUAGGCAUGGAUGGGGAGGAGGAAGGGGACACCAAGAGGAGCUGGAUGGUGAACGAUGAGGAUGAUCUAGCUGAAGACUCGGGGACAGACCUCAUCAUCCAGCAAGUGGACGACAGUGAUGACGAGCUGCAGUGACAUGGGACCAAUAUGCGUGGAGAUAGCCUGACUUUAUGUGUACAUGUUUAAGCCAUUUAUGCAUACAAUAUGGGAGUCAGUAAUGUGAAUACAUGCAUUUAUGAUGUAUUGGUAGUUCAUUAGUUAAAUGCAACUGCUUGAUCUUUCAUUUCAAUAAGGGUGUGGUGAAAAUGGAAACCUUUUUGUUGGUAUUCUUAAAGAUAUGCAGUAUCCAAAGCAUGCCUAUUCAUUGUUUCCUUUGAUUCUGUUGUAGAUAUAAGAUAGCCCCUUUAAUCAUUUUUUUCCUUUUGUCUGCAUGAAAAAAACAAAACUUUUGUAGCUUCUUCUGGGGAUGUUCCUGGAGUAUCUGAGCUAAGCAAAGUGAAACAAAAAAGGACUUUUUUUCUUUUUCUCUUUUUUUUCUGUGUCUCAGUUGCAGCGCUUUAUUACUUGGUCAUGAUAUGCACUAUGAUAUGGAUAUAAUUUAUUUAUUUUGUUUUGUUUAGUUUUUUUUUUACUUUUUGACACAUUAAAGAUAUUUUUAUA